CAACCCUUGAGUGACUUAUCAGCUUCAGCAACAUCCGGGCAACAGUAAUAUUCUCUGAUCUACAUCAUCAAAAUGGCUAGCGCAAGUUAUCAGCAAAUGUCGACAGACCCAAUAGUACCCGACCAGCCUGCCUUUGCGGUCCCGAGUGCCGGGUAUAACCCAGGAGGUCAGUAUGGUGCAGUGAUCACAGCUCCCCAACAAAGGGAAAUACAAGUGAUACACCCAAUGACAGGUGGUCCCACGGUUGUGGUGACACAGCCGGUGGUGAAUGUACCCGAGCCUCAGACUCAGUGUGCUCUCAUCAUGUCCGUGCUCAGCUCCAUCUUCUGUUGUUUUGUGUGCGGCAUCAUGGGUAUUCUCGUGUCCUGGAGGGCUCGCCUCUAUGUCCUGGACAAUAAACUGGAGCACGCUCGUCACUCAGUCAACAUCGUGUGGAUUCUCUUCGCUUUCACCAUCAUCUUUGGCAUCAUCACCUGGAUCGUGGUCGCCGUCUAUGUGGCUAUUGGUACUAAAUAUUUAUUCUGCAGCUAUUACUGCAGCAGCAGUGGAUGCUACUACAGAUGCUAGCCUUGUCUUUGUCACAGACAUGUUCUCUAACCUCUGUGAGUCUUGCCUGUACAUCCUGAAUAAUAAAUUUCCUCGCGCUCGUCGUUCAGUCUACAUCGUCUGAAUUCUUUACGCUUUCAUCAUCUUCCUCUAAAUACCAUGCAGUGCAUGAUCGGGGCUAUCUUCUAUUUUGAUCCAUAACCUUGUAUGGUCUUUAAUUCUGCAGGAAUAAAGGAUCAUGACCAUAUUUUAUAACAAAUGGACAGAAGGCAGUUUUAAUAAUACUCUCGAUGAAAGUCCAGCAAAACAACUGACUUUCCUUUCGAUUUUAAAGGAGUGCUACACAGAAUUACACUGUUAAACCUGGUUUUGUCCCGUUUUAGUGAAUUGGUUGGUCAUGUCGCAUUAAGAGGAGAUUUCACAAAAUUUUGUACAAAUUUCUUUUAUUCAUUUAAUAAAUUUUGCAAACUUACAAAAGUCCUGGAGUAAGUAGAGUAUGAGACGUGACACUUAACAUAUAUUUUGUAAAAAAAUGCCGAAAAUGUUCUAUUUUUAAUAAAUACAUUAGUAUAUUAUCAAUAUAUUGAACAAGUUAUCUAAUCUGCUGCUUAUUAAUAAAGUAUAUUUGUAUA